UUACAGAGCCUGGAGGACCGCGAGCGUAAGCACAACAUACACAAGGAACAGCUGUCGCGCGAGCACAGGUUCCUGAGACGGCGACUCGAGCAGCUGACGAACCAGACCGGCCUCCAUGGCCUUCAUGCGCUUCACGGCCUCCACGGGCUCAGCACGAGCGCGCCGACCGGCUCCGUCGCCGCUGCCGCCUCCGCGGCGAUGCUGUCCAAGCGGCGCAGCAUCUCCGAGUGCUCCCUGGGCACGGCGUCCACCAGCUCGACUGGAAGCUCCAGUAACUCGGAUAGGUCUGCAGGUAGCCCAUCCAUCUCGGAGUCCGAUGAAGUGGAUGUGAUUGGUUACACGAGCAAUCAAUCGGACACCGAUGAUCAUAGUAGCGUACAGAGUAGUAGCGACAGCGGUGUCGCGAUGUCCACCUCCAGACUGACUCUCUCCGAGAUGAUGGACAAUCUUUAGACAAAGAGGCGGUGCGAUGGCGGCGAAAGAAGAAGCGGUUGAAGAAGGAAAAGAGAGGGAAGGAUAGGGGAGGGGAGAUAGAGCGAGCGGAAGAAGAUCCAUCGGGGCGUACGAAAAUUGACGGCGCGCGAGAUAUCGACUCAUACACACAUUACAUAUAUACACAUGAAAUGCACAUUUAAAUUCGUACUCAAUGCAACUUUGUCCUUCCAAAAUGGCCUGACUGGCAAAGCAACGUUAUAGAGAAGAAGCAGUCCUUUAGAUGUCACUCGACUUUGCGAAGAUCUUCGACGAACGGAAUAGAUUUCAAAAAAAAAAAUCAGAAAUGAUGGAACUUGGACAGGAUUGCCAUGGCUCGAA